AUAUAUCGCUUGCUCGUGACUUUCCGGCGCGUUCCGAACGCUUUCGGUACCAAAAAGUCUCGCGCCAUUUUGUGGCAUGAGCUAAGAAGAUCACUAAAAAUGGCAAAUAUACACAUCGACAAAGAUGCCUUUGUUCGUCGACUAAAAUCAUUGUAUUCUACAUGGAACAAACCAUCUGAUGAUGAUGCCUUGGCGAAAGCUGACGUGAUAAUCGUGGCAAAUGGCCAAGAUGAGGAGGUUGUCUACUCCAAAACUACAUCCAUACAGUCGUGGUUGUUUGGCUAUGAGCUGGCAGACACACUGAUGGUUUUGUGUGAGAAGUACCUGUACAUGCUGGCCAGUAAGAAGAAGAUAGACUUCCUCAAGCAAGUAGAUGGCGGCAAGGAGAACGAGGGAGGCCUUCCUAGCAUAAGACUCCUUGUCAGGGAUAAGGCUGAUAAGGACAAAGCCAACUUCACAAAAAUCCUGGAAGCAAUAAAAAAGAGCAAAAAGGGGAAGAUGCUGGGGGAGUUCCAGAAGGACAAGUUCCCGGGAGAGUUCAUGGACGCAUGGCGGAGUGCUCUCAAGGGAGGAAACUUUGAGAAGGUUGACGUGAGCUCCUCCCUGGCUGUUAUCAUGGCCCCCAAAGAGGAAUCAGAAUUGAGGCUGAUCCAGAAGGCGUGUUCUGCCACGUGUGAUGUAUUCUCUAAAUACCUCAAGGAACAAAUCAUGGAGGUCAUAGAUGCAGAUAAGAAAGUGAAGCAUUCCAAGCUUGCAGACGGUGUUGAGCAGGCCUUGAAAAACAAGAAGUUCCUGCCGGCCGGUAUAGACGUGUCACAGCUGGACAUGUGUUACCCCGCAAUCAUACAGAGUGGAGGCAAAUACAGCCUCAAGUUCUCGACUGUCAGUUCUGAUGACAACCUCCAUUUUGGCACGAUCAUCUGCAGCAUGGGCCUGCGCUACAAGUCCUACUGCUCCAACAUUGUGCGCACCAUUAUGGUGGACCCCAACGACAAGAUGAAGGAGUGCUAUGAGCUGCUGUUGGAGGUCGAAGAGGAGAUAUUGAAAACACUCACGCAUGGUGCCAAACUCGGCUCAGUAUUUGAGGCAGCUGUCAAGAUAGUGAAGACGAAGCAAUCAAGUCUGCUUGACAAGAUGACAAAAACUAUUGGCUUUGCCAUGGGCCUGGAGUUCAGGGAGGGAGCUCUGCUCAUCACCAGCAUGAGCGAUGUUGUAGCAAAGAAAGGCAUGACAUUCAAUGUAAACGUUGGUUUCUCGGAUCUGGCCAACAAGGAGAGCAAAGAUGCUGCUGGCAAGACGUACGCUUUGUUUAUUGGCGACACGGUGCUUGUAAAUGAGGACUCUCCAGCGUCAGUGUUGACAAACUCAAAGAAGCGCUGGAAGCAUGUUGGCAUCUUCCUGAAGGAUGAGGAUGAAGUGGAAGAAGAGGACAAUGAGGAGGAAGAGAAGGAGGCAGCCCCGGAAAUGUUGGGCAGGGGACGCAGGAAUGCUGUACUGGAGAACAGAACUAGGACAAGAGGCCGCCAUGGAAAUGCCGGGGAGGGGAAUGCAGAACUAGAAAACCGAACUAGGCCGGAUGCUACAACAGAGGAAAAGAGACUCAAACACCAGAAGGAGUUGGCUCACCGGCUGAACGAGGAGGCCAGGGAGAGAUUGCGGGGAAUACAGACUGGAGGGGAUGGGAAAAAACUGCGUAAAUCCAAUGUCUCUUACAAGAGUAUUUCACAUUUGCCCAAUGAGACAGAAGUGCGGGAACUGAAGUUGUUUGUUGACAAGAAGUAUGAGACCAUUAUCUUGCCCAUAUUUGGGCUACCCACUCCAUUCCACAUCUCCACGGUGAAGAACAUCAGCCAGUCUGUAGAGGGUGACUACACAUACCUGCGUGUGAACUUCUUCCACCCAGGGUCGGCUCUUGGCAGAAAUGAGGGCAAUCUCUUCCCUCAGCCCGACGCCACCUUCCUUAAGGAGAUUACCUAUCGGAGCUCCAACACAAAGGAGCCUGGCGAGAUCUCUGCCCCAUCCUCCAACCUGAACACUGCCUUCAGACUGAUCAAGGAGGUGCAGAAAAAGUUUAAGACCAGAGAAAUGGAGGAGAAAGAAAAAGAGGGUAUUGUCAAACAAGAUGCUCUUGUUGUGAAUCCCAACAGAGGUAACCCCAAGUUGAAGGACUUGUACAUCCGACCCAACAUCGUGUCCAAGAGAAUCUCCGGUACUCUGGAAGCACACACUAAUGGUUUCCGGUUCACAUCAGUUCGGGGUGACAAGGUGGAUGUGCUCUACAACAACAUCAAGCACGCCUUCUUCAUGCCCUGUGACGGGGAGAUGAUCAUCCUUCUUCACUUCCACCUCAAGCAUGCGAUCCUGUUUGGCAAGAAGAAGCACAUUGAUGUUCAGUUCUACACGGAGGUGGGUGAGAUCACAACUGACCUGGGCAAGCACCAGCACAUGCAUGACAGGGACGACCUGCGUGCUGAACAGGCUGAGAGAGAGAUGCGCCAGAAACUGAAGUCUGCGUUCAAGAACUUCUGUGAGAAGGUAGAGAGCCUCACAAAGAACCAAGUUGAGUUUGACACGCCGUUCCGUGAGCUUGGAUUCUAUGGCGCCCCUUACAGGAGCACUGUGAUGCUGCAGCCGACGUCCGGAUGUCUUGUGAACCUGACUGAAUGGCCUCCAUUUGUGAUCUCACUUGAAGAACUUGAGCUUGUGCACUUUGAGCGUGUGUCAUUCGCGAUCAAGAACUUCGACAUCGUGUUCGUGUUUAAAGACUAUGGCAAGAAGGUAGCCAUGGUGAAUUCCGUGCAGAUACAGGUUUUAGACAACGUCAAGGAGUGGCUAAACUCGUGUGACCUGCGCUACACAGAGGGCGUGCAGUCGUUGAACUGGACCAAGAUCAUGAAGACAAUAGUGGACGACCCUGAGGGGUUCUUUGACAAUGGAGGCUGGAGUUUCCUGGACCCUGAGAGCGACAAUGAGCAGGAGGAGGAAUCUGAUGAGGAAGAUGAUGAGUUCAACCCGUCAGAUGAGUUCGAAGGGUCGGAGGAGGAGAGCAGCGAGGACUACAGUGAGGAGAGUGACUGGGAGGAGGAGGAGGAAGACAGCGAUGAGGAGGAGGAGUUGGACUCCAGUGAGGAGAGUGGCAAGGACUGGGACGAGCUGGAGGAGGAGGCCAGGAAAGCGGACAUGGAGCGUGACCAGUAUGGUGAAGAGGAGGAGCCACGUGACAAGAGAAAGCAGGGCAAGCACAAAUCAUCGGGCAGCAGCAAGCCCUCCUCGAGCGCCAAGCACAAGUCGCCGCACAAAUCUCCCCAUAAAUCCUCACACAAGUCACCUCACAAGUCUGGUCACUCCUCCAAGGACCGGGGUCGAGAUCGAGACUCACCGAAGAAACGUAAACACAGCGGCGGCGACGGUGGUCGCGAUAAGAAACGGAAAAAGUGAAACUGUUUGGUUGGAUUGUCGUGAUCAAAGAAAUUUAGAUAUUUACUGUUGUAGUGCGUAUCUAUGUAUGGGACUCUCAGUUUCACUCAGUUGUUGAUUAUAAUUGAGCAGUGGUCUUGGCAAACUGGGUUUAAUGCAUGUGCGUAAAGUGUCGUCCCAGAUAAGCCUGUGCAGUCUGCAUAUGCUUUCAGCCUUGGCUGUAUGCUGUUUAGUAAAGACUUCCGUUAAAUGUGUAAAGCGUUCGUCUCUGAAUAGCUUGCGCAAAUUGCACUUGCAAAUCUAGGAAAACAAUUUAAGCAAAUACAUUGAGCCUAGUUUUCCCACUAAAAGGCAGAAAUUGAGAUAAUUUCAUUACAAAAUGUGUUGUACAAUUUGUGUAAAAAGAAAAAGUUGAAAUAAUUUAUACAUCAUGGAUAUUCGGUACCAAAAUCAUUUUAGUGGUCUUUAUGUUCUGUUUUUCUUGUAAGAAAUUGCAGCCGUGAGUCUGUUUCUCUUGCUAGCUGACAUGUACAGUACUUCUUGUUAAAACUUUAUUGUCAGUUGUAUAACAUAACUGUAUGAUACAUUCUGUGCAAGCACUGCUUUUGCAGUUCCAUCAAGAACAAAACAAAAUUAUAGGUUAAUGACCUCUAAAAAUGUUCAUAAACUGCAGGAAAACAAUGGUCAAUAUGAGCUAGUUCGAACAAGUGUGGACCUCAGCUGUCAGUGUUGAUGGGAAGAUAAUAAAUGUACAGGUGAAUUGAUUUAGUAUAGUUAUUUGGACAGGACCAGUGCGUCAUAUAAUUCUGUAUGUGUGUAAUUAGUGAGGAUGUUAAUUUAAAUACAAAUAUUGUCACAAAAACCUUAUAGUGCUGCAGUUGAUGAAUAAAUGUGGAACUGUU